UGAAGAAUCCUCCCUUUACAACCCCACAGGGCCUUUUGGAAAAAACAACCUUAGCAAGAAAAGAACCAAAUCCUUCAUCAAAGGGCUACUUGUAAUAUAAAAUACCCUCCCCACUCUUUCACAAAACCAAAUACCCAUUUGUCUAAAAACCUCUUCUUCUUUUUUUCUGGAUUUCACUUUUGGAUUCCUGAAACUUCCCUAAACUUUUCCUCUUCCAGCAGCUUUUGUCAUUCUGGUUACCAAUGGCCAAUGGGCAGUUAAAAUCUGUUGCGUCCUUGCUUUUGGUACUCAACUUCUGCAUGUAUGUAAUAGUGUUGGGCAUUGGUGGAUGGGCUAUGAACAGAGCAAUUGACCAUGGUUUCAUUAUUGGCCCCGGUUUUGAUCUACCAGCUCAUUUCUCACCUAUUUACUUUCCCAUGGGAAAUGCUGCAACUGGCUUCUUCGUUACAUUCGCUUUGAUUGCUGGAGUCUUUGGAGCUGCUUCAACUAUUGCUGGAAUUAACCAUAUUCGUACUUGGACUGCUGAUAGCUUGCCAUCUGCUGCUACUGCUGCAGCUAUUGCAUGGACUCUCACUCUACUUGCCAUGGGCUUUGCUUGCAAAGAGAUUGAACUCGAAAUCAGGAAUGCCCGUCUGAGGACCAUGGAGGCAUUCUUAAUCAUCCUCUCAGCUACACAGUUUCUAUAUGUAGCAGCCAUUCAUGGAGCUGCCAGGAGAUGAACGAUCAGUGUCUUAGUGUGCUUCGUCUUUGUUUUUCCUUUUCUUUUCAUCCAUUUUUCAGGGCUCAUCCUAUUUGGUUACAUUGUACAAAACUUGCCAGAGAUUGAGUUGGCAUAUUGUGGUGUAAUUGGUGUGAUACGAUAGGAUUUUAUUCUAAAGAACAAAUAAAACGAAUUCUUUA